AUGGACGGAGAGACGACGGCGGACGGGCAGAUGCAGCUUGGGCUGCAGAUGGUCCAACAGGCGUACGGACGAAGAGCAGAGGAGCUCACACGCGAGGUGGAGCACUGGAAACGAGUCGCCCAGCACCACAAACAGCAGGAGGCGCAGACCCGAGAGGAGCUGAACAAGGCGAACCAACGGAGUUCGGAGCUUCAGAGGCAAUUGAGCGAACGGCAGCAAGAGAUCGCACAGCUGACGGAAGCAAGAAACGUGGCCUUGAAUCAGAUCGCAACGCUCAAGAAGCACGCUUCCCAGCUUCAAAGCUUCAAGAAGAACAUCUCCAACAUGCUGCAGGCAGACACUGGUCUCGACACUCUGAAUGUCCAAGGCAUGCUUGACAAUCUGCCGCCGAUGGACUCGACGUUCAAUAGCUCUUCGAUCCCUUCCCCCUCGAUCGAUCUCAUGAGCAAGCCAUCGACCUCGAUGAACUUCUACAAUGGGAAUGUGGAUGCUUUCCCCGGAGCCUCUGGUAUGGGAUACCCGAGCGGGAAUGCAGGGUAUCCGCAUGCAGGAGCCAAUGCCAUGCCCAAGUCAACCCCGCAAGCAUCUUCGCAGAAUGCGGCGCCUGAGAUCACGAUGGAUGCAGCGACCUACUACCAGCAGGUCAAACGCGUUCUCGAGCCCGAGCAGUUCCGCGAGUUCUCGGCGAACAUCAAACGUCUCAAUGCUGGCCAACAGAGCGUCGACGAAACCCUAGAGAGAGUUCGAGAAAUCUUCGGAGAACAUCGUCCGUUCCUCUUUGCUCAGCUGCAGAAGCUUAUCCGCCAGGUGCCGAGGAAGAAGCUCGUCGACAAGGAGUGGAUCCCGACGGAGGUUCUUAUUAACAAGAGAGAGUUGUGA